UUGGCCCUAGAAGGUUGUUUUGUUCUUGGUCCUUUUGGAACCCUUUUUCCAGGCACCGCUGCUGGUUUUAAACUUGGUUUUAACACUGACUUCACAAGAUCGGGUGAAUAAAAACGCUUCUGUCCACUUCCAUAUUUAGUCAGCAACCCAGGGUCACGCAACAAAUUGCUUUUAAAUCCAACUAAAGCAGGCAGAACAUGUCUUGUAUGCGUCGGCUGUUGGUGAAGAGUGUUAAAGUGACAGAUCCUUGGGCCAGACCAGUUUGAGUAAGUCCUGGUUUUGGAUUCAUACUGGAGUGUCUGGAUAGACUGGGAGAGACGGGCCGAGGCCCAGCUGGAGACUGGUUUCCUCUCUACAUGCAGCUGAGCUCCCAAACUGGACCACAACGUCCGGAGAAGCAUCUUCCCAUAGACAGCUGUACAGGAGACUUCUUCAAACAGAGACUCUGCUGUAUUCACUUCCCCUGCAAGACCUUUUAAUUAUGGAAGUUAUGGAAAACUCUGAUGAGUCUCAUGAGAGGGAGAGGCUGAAGAUGAGGAUUACUGUUUUGGAGGAGAGUGUGAAGUCCUGUGAGGUAGAGUGUAAAGCCAGCAGAGAGACGGUGCUGAGGCUGGUGGCAGAGCUGGACCGAGAGAGGAGGAAGGCUGCCAGCAGUGCAGCAGCACUCGAUUCACUCAAAGAGGAGUUAGACGGUCUGGUGGUGGGAAGGAAUAGUGUUGAGAUGGAGAAGGGAACCCUGAUGGAGAGGCUUGACGCCAGCAAGAGAGUCAUAGAGGCAGCUAGGCGAGAGUCCCACUGUUUGGAGAACCAAGUGGAGGAGCUUGAAAGAAAGCUACAUUACAGCCAAGGAGAGACCAAGGCAUCUGAGGAGAAACUACAGAUGUUCCUGAAAAAGAUGGCAGGCCUGCUGCAGCGGAAGUCUGAGAAUGUCAUCCUGCCCACAGAGGAAGAUGUUUUACACCAACUGGAUAACCUCUGCAAUAAGUCUUUGUCAGAGAUGGAGGCCAGACUGUGCCAUGUCUCUGAGGAGCUGAGCGAGCAGACGGAGCUCAAGCACAGUGCACUGCAGAGGGCUCAUCUUGCAGAGCAGCAAGUCCAGGACCUGAGGGAGAGGCUGCAAGGUCUGGAGACUGAGCUGUUGGCAGCAGAUGUGCAUCGUGACGGGCUGAGGCACAGCAAACAGCAUUAUGAAGAGUUCCUGGAACAGCUGUCAGAGACAAUGAAGGUUGACAGUAUUGCUGUGGAUCUAGGCUUUGACAUGAGGCUAAAACUCAUCCUGUCACGUGCAGAGCAGCUUCUUAAACAAGAGACAAGUGCUUUGGUGGAGAGCAAAAGUCUGACCUAUAGUCUACAGCGAAAGUUUAAGUCACAGAAAGACCAAUUAGAGAGCAAAGGACUCCACAUCCAGUUCCUGAGGAAGAAGGUGUCCGAGCUGGAGGAGGAGAAGAGGAGUCGAUCAGCAUUGGCUCUGAGAGAUGAUGCUCAUCUGGAGGCCAGGAGGCUGCAGAAAAAACUGGAGCGUCUCCAAGGAGAGCUGAAGGCUACCAAGCUGUCCAACACUGAGCUCAAGGCCCAUCUGUCCCACACCAAUGAGCUCAAGUUGAGAGUCAUGGAACAGAGUCAGACCAUGCAGGAGCAGAAAAAGAGGCUGGAUCAGCUGGUGGACGGGAAGGCCAAGGUGGAGAAGAAGCUGAACACAGUGAGCUCAGACCUGCAGAACCAAGAGAUGAAGAUCAGAGAGGACCAGCAACAACUCAACACCCUCAGACAGAGCCUGACCCAGCUGUCUGAGAGGGAGAGAGAGUUGGUGGAUUUCCGGAUGGUUGUUUCCCAGAUGUUGGGUCUGGAUGCCACAUCCCUAGCUCUUCCAAAUUAUGAAAUCAUCAAAUUACUGGAAAACCUUCUUCACGCUCAUCAUCACCAUCACCACCUUCAUCAUCAUGUUAAUAUGCCCUGGCACUGUCCUACUCACCAGAGGCCUCAUCUCCCCCAAAUCCAGAACCUUCCUGACAGCUCCUCCUUGGAUCUUUCUACCUCCAGGUCUGCUUAUCCAGGGGAUGCACGUCCCCUUCACGAAGCCUAGAUUUAUACAUUACACUUAAGCCAAACUGCACUUAAAAUGUUAAUGUAUUAUAGUGGUUUAAAAGUAUUUUAAAUGCAGAAUCCAAUAAUGUAGCAAACACCAUGUUCUAUUAUGAUUCACCAAUGAUUCACUGAACAAAUAAUAGACAUGUAAAAUCACAUCAAAUCAAAUCAAAGACAAAUAUCAACAUGAGGAUUUGGCAUUCAUUGUUUUUGAUGGUCACAUAUACAUACAUUUUUCAUAUUCUUCUUUUUUUUAACAAUUAUCUACACGUUAAAUAAUCCUGGACUGUUAUACAUUUGAUACUGAACUGACGGUCAUACAAAAUAUACAAUAGCUCUAUAUGUCAUAAUUCUCAAUCGUAAAGUCAUAUUUUAUAUUUUGUUUA